CUCUCUCUCUCUCUCUGCUCUAUAACUUAUUACCAUCCCAGAUGAUUUAUCAAUGAGUUCUUCAUGGUUUAGGGUGUAAAAAACUUUCCUCCAUCAGUCGGUAUUUAGUAUUAUAGACGGAAGAGUACACACCUUUCAGCAGGUAGAUAAAACACGCAUAUUGCUUACUUAAAAAAAAGAAAAAGAAAAAAAAUCUUGCAAGAAAACUUCUGGAAUAUUUUUUGUUUGUUUGUUUAUGGCGACAUUUAGGUAAGUAAGCACUCUAACCUUUAUAGCUUACUUACUAAACUGUUUAAGCCUCGUUUAGUUCUGAAUUUGAUCUGCAUGUGCUAUGUAAACCUCAGUACCCAGGAUCUCGAGCUUAAGUCUAAUUUACGGUAUAAAAAUACGGUAUAAAAAAAUCAUUUACCCUCCUCCUUCCUCGAUAAGAUUAAACUGUUGCAUUGUUUUUAACGUAAUAGCUAUUUUACAUGCUGCUAACUAGCCACAAAUUAAAAAUAAGUUUUAAUUUUAGUCAUUUUUAUUGGACAUUCUUCUUAUUUAUUAGUGCUUGUCCGUCACGAUUACAAUAUUGCUCUCUGGUCUGUGAAUAUUAAAUUAAAUACGCCUGCAAUAGGCAUAGCUACAGUACUUUUAUUUUAUUUUAUUUAUUCUUUUUGUAGCCCAUGCAACAGUAUUUCAAGAAGUCGUCAUGACUUGUAUUCUUAAUAAUAUUUAUUUACAAAUCAACUAAAAUCAGGUUAAAUCUGAAUUGCAUUAAUUUAUUUGAAUGAAUGAAUGAAUGAAUGAAUUGCCUAGGCUAAUGAAGUGCACAGGUUUGCAAAGUUUCUCCUAUUAACUUUGCGCAUAUCAGGAUUUUCAAAACAACAACAACAACAACAACAAACAAAAAAAGUAAACAGACCAAAUCAAAUCAAAUAAUCGCCUAGGCUAUGAGGAGAGAUCCCAUAUAAAAGCAAGAUGAGAAAGUGAAAAACUGAAAAGGUUUACGCAAAAAAAAAAAAAAAAAAAAAAAAAAAAAAAAAAAAAGAGGAAUGGUAUUACGCAUGUGCAUAGCGAAUAUGACUGUUUACGCGUAAGUCGCGGAGAACAUAAUUAUCAUGUUCACUGUCCUCUUGUUACAACUGUGUAUACACAGGCUACUCUAUAAAGUCUAAUGAAAGACAUGCCAGCGCAUGUAACUUGUAAAACUAUUUGGCAUACCUGUCAGGUUCGUGUUGCGCGUUUGGAGCAGACGGAAAGUGCCAGCCAUGGUUUUUCCUCUCUGUGAAAACUAACAUAAAACGUUUUAUAUAUAUAUAAAUAGCCUAUAUAUUUCCCCCCCCUAGCUAUCUGAAGAAAGGAGCCCACCUUCUAUGAACAGCCUGGACGCUUUGUUGUUUUUUUCGCUCGACUGAAAUUGAUCAGGAAGAUUUAUUUUGCUCGGUUCUUAUGGUUGAUGAUGUUUUGGAGUGAAAGCGGCUUGGUGUCGGCGCUCCUCGCGCUUCUCCGCUCCGUGGUUCCGGCGCUGCUGCUGCUCGCGGUGUCGCGGUGGUUGUGGGCGCUCAGGUGGAGCGCGGCCCGGGACAAGGCGUGCGCGCUCCCGCUGCCGGAUGGCUCCAUGGGAUGGCCACUGAUCGGAGAGACCUUCCACUGGCUCUUUCAGGGUUCCAGCUUUCACAUCUCCAGGCGAGAGAAACACGGCAACGUCUUUAAGACCCACCUCCUGGGGAAACCCGUGAUCCGCGUGACCGGCGCUGAAAACAUUCGUAAGAUCCUGCUCGGUGAACACACCCUGGUGAGCACACAGUGGCCACAGAGCACGCGCAUCAUCCUCGGACCAAACACGCUCGUCAACUCGGUCGGUGCGCUGCACAAGAAGAAAAGAAAAAUCCUGGCGAGAGUGUUCAGCCACGCAGCAUUGGAGACCUAUCUGACACGCCUUCAGGAUGUGGUGAAGGGUGAAAUCAGUAAGUGGUGUGCUGAGGCUGGCCCUGUGGAAGUUUACACUGCUGCGAGGUCACUCACGUUCCGCAUCGCCGUGCGCGUCCUGCUCGGCCUGAAGCUCGACGAGCAGCGCAUCGCUCACCUCUCCAAGACCUUUGAGCAGCUCAUGAACAACCUGUUCUCUCUGCCUGUGGAUGCACCUCUCAGCGGCCUGCGCAAAGGGAAAAAAGCAAGAGACAUUCUGCAUGCAGAGAUGGAGAUAAUCAUCAAGGAGAAACUGAAGAAGCAGAACACGGAUGAGUACUGUGAUGCUUUCGACUACAUGCUGAGCGCUGCAAAGGAAAACGAUUACGACCUGACCCUGCAGGAACUCAAGGAAACAGCAGUGGAAUUGAUUUUCGCCGCACACUCCACCACAGCGAGCGCGUCCACAUCGCUCAUACUUCAGCUGAUGCGCCAUUCUGAAGUCACAGAGCGUGCAAGGGCUGAACUGGAGGCUGAAGUCUUAAUCGUAGAUGCUCCCAGCUCUUGUUGCUUAUACUGUAAUGAAAACACCAACGCUUGCUCAAACAACGCGGUCGAAAAGUGCACAAACGACGUGGCACGGCCCCGUCUUAAAUCCAAACCUCUGCUCGAUAAAACACCCUGCCCUGACAGACAAGAAAGUCAUCGAUCGUGGAUCAACGUCCCGUAUUUGAGUCUGGAAAAACUCAAUCAGCUGUGCUACUUAGAUUGUGUGGUGAAGGAGCUGCUUAGAUUUCUACCACCAGUGUCUGGGGGAUACAGGACAGUGCUUCAGACGUUCGAGCUGAACGGUUACCAGAUUCCAAAAGGCUGGAGUGUCAUGUACAGCAUCCGUGACACGCAUGAGACUUCAGCUGCCUACACAAGCCCAGAGAUGUUUGACCCGGAGCGCUUCGCUACUGAUCGGGACGAGAGCAAAAACAGUCGCUUCAGUUACGUGCCAUUCGGUGGUGGCGUUCGCAGGUGCAUCGGCCGUGAGCUUGCCUUGCUCGUGCUCAAAACACUCAGCGUGGAGCUGUUGGCCACGGCCGAGUGGACGCUAGCCACAGAGACUUAUCCCAGCAUGCAAACAGUGCCGAUCGUUCACCCAGUCAACGGACUCCACGUCCAUUUCAACUACAGGAAUUAUGUGGGUGGGAGAAACCGCAGGGAGUCCACUUCAUGAUUUGUGAACUGCACUGGAGUGGUUUUCACCAGUCCAUUAACAAAAUCAGCCCACAGGGGAUGGCUGAAGUACAUUAAAAAAAAAAAAAAUUGAUCUUAAUAGAGUAAAUAAAAAGUCUAGGCCGUAACAUGGACGAUGUCUGCUGCUAGCAAAUCAAUAUAUGACUAACCUCUCUAGGCCCCAUUUUUGUAGAAAGGAAAAAGAAUAGAUGAACACAGAACAAGGACAUGAUCAUUGAGAGAGAGAAAAGACUGGAUAUUGAUACAACUGAGUUGAUUAUGCAGAACCCAUACACAGGGAUGUUGUAAUAAGAGGAACGCUCUGAACGCUCAGUGUGCCCUGAGCUAAAUAAGGGCUCUGGAACAUACAUCUUAAGGCAAUGACUGUAGAAGUGGUGAACUGCGUUUCUCAGGGUAGUUAGCAUUUGAAACCCCUCAGUUUGUCAAGAAUCCAUGAUCAUGGAGAUGGAUAGUCUUAAGUACUAUUUAGAUGGGAUAAGAUUUCCUGAUAAAGUUAUGUUGAAGGAGGAGGUCUGUAAAAAAUGAUGGUCAAUUUGCAGGGUAUACGUGAUCCUGUCUUUUCUAUAUACUGUUCCCUCCAACAGUACUGGAACAGCAAGGCCAAUUCUUUGGUUUUUGCUAUACACUGAAGACAUUUGGGUUUUGAGACCAAAAGAUGAAGACGAGACGAUAGAUCAAAAAAUUCAGCUUUAAUUUCCUGAUGUUUACAUCUAGAUGCCUUAAUCAAGUUAGGAAAAUUAGCAGACCAUCCAAUGUUUUGGUGAGAAAAAGUAUUGAAACAGAUAGGCUUAAAGUAAAUAACACUUACUGUUUGGUUGCAUGUAUCUUGCUUGUAAUAUCUGCAUCAUGCCGGUGGCCCACUGACAUCACCAGACUGUUGCAUUCUUCUUUUGGGAUGCUUUUCCAGGCGUGCAUCACAGCUUCUUUCAGUAAUUGUUUGUUUCUGGGGGAUUUCUCCCUUCAGUCACCUCUUCAGGAGGUCUGGUGACUGACUUGGCCAAUACAAAUUCUUCCACUUUUUUCCCCUGAUAAAGUCCUUUAUUAUGUUAGCAGUGUGUUUUGGAUCGUUGUCUUGCUCAAUGAUGAAGUUCCUCCCAAAUAGAUUGGAUGCAUUUCUCUGUAAAUUGGCAGACAGAAUGUUUCUAUAAACUUCUGAAAUCAUUCUGCUGCUAAAACCAUGAGUUACAUCAUCAAGAAGGAUUAGUGAGCCUGUUCCAGAAGCAGCCAUGCAAGCCCAAGCCGUGGCACUACCUCCACCAUGGUUGACCAAUGAAUUAGUAUGUUUUGGAUCAUGAGCAGAUCCAUUUUUCUCCAAACUUUGGUAGAGGUUAAUUUUGGUUCCAAAACCUUUGUGGCUCUUCUCUGUAUUUCUUUGGUCUGCAUAUCUCAAACCCAAAUGUCUUCAGUGUAUAGCAGCACAAAAAAAAAAAAAAAAAAAAAAAAAAAAAAAAGAUCCUUGCUUUUCCACUACUUUCAGAUGCGUAGUCAUCAUGCCAAACAUUCCAUGCCUAAUUUAUACUCCUAAUUUUAAUACAAACUGAUUGUUGUGAACUUCAUUAUAACCACUUCUUUUAGGGCUUGAUCAUUACUAAGUCACAUGACCAUAAUACAUACAUAGGCUGUGCUAGGAAUGCAAUGACUUGUCUAAAAUCCCUAGAAGCAUCACUUCUCUGAGAUUUCCCUUUAAAUAUCAUUUAUAUAUUAUUGUUUUAAAUUUAUUGUUUUUUACUGCUCAUUUUAUAGAAGGUAAAAGAUGGACUUAUCUUUCCAGAUGCAUGCACACUCAAUUGACUGACAUAAUGGUUUUAGAUGGGACUACAAUUCCAGAGACACAAUAAUUAUUAUUAAUAAUAUUAAUUAAUAAUAUCCCCACCUACCCAUGUAAAACUAAUCCAGUCCGAACUGGGCUUUAAAGGUACUUAAACUUCUAAAUAACUUUUUUUUAAGCGCUUGUUAGAGGAAAACUAACCACUCUUUUGAUUAUGCAUAUUAAACAAAAUAUAUAUAUAUAUAUAUAAACAAAAUGUGGUUUUGUUUGGUAAAUGAAGUAGGAAUUUAAAUAAGCUCUAUUUAUGAUUCAUUUUUAAGUAGAGAAUAUACAAACAAGAAAAAAACAGAACAAAAAAAAAAUCAGUAGUUACUAGGCUUGCUACACUAACAUGGAACAGCUGUCUGUUGGCUUCCAGAUGUUUACGGUAGUAUGUAGAAAUGUGGUAUCAUUUCACGCGGUGUUAACGUGUUAUUAAUUAACUACGUUUAUUCCCGAUGUGUACGAUAGUACAUUGAUGUAUGGUAUCUUUUCUCACCACAUUAACAUGCGCGGAAAUGUGGCGUCACUUCACACAGAGUUAACACGCUAUUAAUUAUGUUUAUUUGUUAAUUGCAAACUGUGAAUAAAGGUCCUUGUAGAAGGACCAGUCCAAAACAGGGAAGGAGAAACCGGCAGCACUUUUACAAGUUUUUUUUUUUUUUUGUAUAUUUGUAAUAUUAAUAACUGUAUGUGAGUUUUUUGCCUAAUGUUUGUGCAUGUCUCCAUAGACACUUGCUCAGUAUUCUUUAUCAUCUGCUAUAUCAGUCUCUAAAUACGCCUAUGGCUGACUGGCAUUCAGUGUUUCUCCCACUUAAUAAGACUUGUUAAUAAACACGUGUUGGGGUUAUUUAUGCUAAAGCAGUGCUUUUAUUACAAUUACCCUUAUGCAUAAAAUUGAUGGACUCACUACUUUUUGGGCAUUAUCAAUAUCAACACUGUUAAUCUACUGUGGCUGCAUUCAUCACAAAUGACUAAUAUUUAAAUAAAAUGCUCUUGCUUAUUAAAAUACUAACCUUCUCUAUCAUUGUGGCAUUUUAAAAGUCCAGAACAUCUAUAAUGUUUUAUAGAACACAAACGGUGAAAGUUCAUUUCAGCCUCAGAAAUACCAUGCAUGGGACAAGGAGCAAAUUAUU